AUGAGUACGUCUCUUCCUCUAGAAACACACGGGCUAGAAACCCAUCCCAAAAAAAAGCACAAAACGACCGGCGAUCAAGCUGUGGGAGCGCAUUUUAAUGCUAAGUUACAUGAUGGAAUCCGCAUCUCGGAUCAUAUCGGCCUUGUCUCACACAAACAAAUGUCCCGUCUUCUCAAUGAGCAUGAGGAACAGCAGCUGCCACAUUGUGACGAGGUUUUUCCCUGGUUGCACGGCUAUUCAGGAUCGCGAGUACCUCCCCGCGUUAAACAUUGGAUGGCAGUCAUUCGUUCACAGCCUCUUUCUCACGGUAUGAUAGAGAACUCGGGAAUUUUGAAAUCGUCUCUAGAUCCGCACGAAUUCUUAAUGCCAUGGGAUCAUCACAAACACUGUCUGGAAUCCAUUAUCCAAGACGUUGCCAAAAACAUAACACUAUCAGACGAUGAGCUUAAACUACUGAUACAUGCAUGCAAAAACUACAAGCUUUUACCGUUUAUGGUUUCGGACGCGAACGCCCAAAAUUCGUAUGGUGUCAAUGCCUCAAAAAACAAAGUCUGCAACUCAACAGUCGGAUCUGCAUCUCGUCCAUCAAGUGGUUGGAAACAGCCCGGAUUGUUUCGCAGAUUUGACUUACAAGUGGCCAAAUUUAUCGAAAUGGCCCAAACUUGUGUGGUUUACUGCUUGAACGAAACACGACACUGGCAAUCAUGCCAUUGUGCGGAGCUUGCCAUUCUUGUAUACGUGGCGCGUAAAGCCGUUGAUUCAACUGGUGAAUUCCAGGUCAGCAUAUUGUGCACUGAAAAAAUCGAUUCGAGCUGGUGGGGAACGCGACCAAUGAGGAUAGACGCCUUGCAAAAAGAGAAAGAAUCACAAUUAGCAUCGAAAUUCGAUAUCGCUUCAUUCAAUAAUUGGGAUCGAGAUUUAUUUUAUCGCGAGCGACUUGAAAUUUCCAAAAUGUCCAGCGCCUCUUGUGUGAGCAGCGAUCUUUCCACCUGGUGUGGCAAUAGCACUGACUAUGAGAUUUUUAGGCUAAACAGUCAACUACCGGGUCACGAAAUAUGGCAGAAUAACAACCAAGCCAGUAUCGGGGAACAGCGUCUUAACACAGUCGUAACUCUGCUGAACAUAACAGCAGAAAGCUCGACUCAGGAACCUAUCGACUCUCAACUUUUCAAUCUCCCGCGUCCCUCUAAAGAAUGGAAGCUAUUUGUUUGCUGCACAGAAUCAAACAUUCUUCCCGAACUUUCUAAAAUUACUAAACUUUUGAACUACGUUCAGACCGAGCGCGCUAUCCACCACACUCUCAUAUCAUUUCCAAAUUCAGGUUCACUAGGACUGGGGAACUUGAAUUUAGAAUCCAUAAAGAUCAUCCUUAACACCUGCUAUCUGAUAUACUGUGUUGGGAAGCUCACGACUUUUGGCAGCUUAAUUUACUGCUCGGAUGGCUACACUGAGGUUUCUUUUCUGCUAGUUGCAUAUUCGAUAUUCAUAUGGGACUUACCACUGGACGAAGUUCUUUUCAAGCUGCAUAAGGACGUACAAAGGCCAUUUUUUCUUUUCCCAAUAGACUUGCAGGUUCUAAGUCAUUUACAGAUACUCUUGAGAGAGGAAAGUCCGAAAAGGAAAAGCGCUAUCGCGCCAUGUUUGGAAGUUGAUCCCGGCCUUUUCAGUAAAAUGUUUUUUACUAAGAUUCGUGACAACUACAAUCUAGCUCAACUCAAAGGUCCUCUGCCGUCUAAGAUUCUCCCUCACUUGUAUCUUGGAUCGCUAGAACAUGCGCAGAGCUCAAACAUGCUUCGUGAGCUGGGAAUCAAGAACAUCGUUUCUGUGGGAGAGACGAUGCCCUGGCUGCUUUCUGCAGUCUCACGAAAGAGAAGUUUGACUGUGGGCGACACAGACAUUAGACACGGAAUAAAUCGGCCACACCUGAACAUGAGCAUGUCGUCGUCUCAAAUAACGCGAGUAGAGACGAGACUGACCAGUAUUAAUGGUCGCGACUCCAGUAUUUUCGAGGUCAAUGGGUUCAGAAUCUUGCAUAUUGCUGAUCUGGACGACAACGGCGAAGACAGGCUUUUAACACAAUUAGACGAAGCGCUAGCAUUCAUUGACGAAUGCUACAAAAAUGACGAGAAAGUGCUUGUGCACUGCAUGGUUGGAGUAUCUCGCUCUGCCACAGUUUGCAUCGCGGAAUGUAUGCGAAGACUUAACUGCGAUCUCUUGAGAGCAUACCUUUACGUCCGUGUGCGACGGCUAAACAUCAUAAUUCAGCCAAACUUGAUGUUUGUUUAUGAACUCUGCAAAUGGCAGGAGGCGCAGGGAAUGCGCCGGACAGUUGAUUGGCACAUUGUGUGCCGAGCAAUCUCGGAGUUGAAUCGGAUGUACUUUUGA